CCCACACAGAGCCGGUCCGAUACCAUCGAUUUGGCCGCAGACACGGCCCUCGCCGUCGAUAUAUCGGACGCGUUGAGCGAAAGAGAUCGCGUGAAGUUCACUAUACACACGAAGACAACGCUUCCAGAGUUCAAGUCUCCAGACUUUUCGGUCGUCCGACAGCACGAGGAGUUCAUUUGGCUCCACACCUCACUCGUCGACAAUGAACUGUACGGCGUGACCAUCAGUUUGAGUCUCGAAUCUGAUCCAUGUGUUGACACAACCACCCACUCGUCUCCGUCAAAACAGAUACCACCGGCGCCUCCGCGGCCAGACUUUGACGCCUCGCGCGAGAAGUUGCAAAAGUUGGGCGAAGGCGAGGGAACGAUGACUAAAGAGGAGUUCCAGAAGAUGAAGCAGGAGUUGGAGGCCGAGUAUUUGGCCACUUUCAAGAAGACAGUGGCGAUGCACGAGGUGUUCCUCCAGCGGCUGGCCAUUCAUCCCAAGUUCAAGAACGACGCGAACUUUCGCAUAUUCCUGGAGUACGACAGCGAUUUGAGCGUUCGGGGGAAGAAUAAGAAGGAACGGUUGGCCGGUCUGUUCAGUAACAUUAAGCUGUCGGCCGACGAUAUGCUACUCUCCUCUACCAUGAAAGACGUGGACGAGUUCUUCGAGAGGGAGCGCCUCUUUCUCACCGAAUACUUCUCGCAUAUACGCGACGCCACCACUAAAGCCGACCGAAUGACUCGUUCACACAAAAACGUGUCGGACACGUAUAUCAAGAUGUCGUCCUCAUUGGUCCAGUUGGCGACCUUCGAUCAAACGGAUUUGGAGUCUUUCUAUACCAAAGUUGCCGACUGUCUGGAGAAGGCCCGCAAGACCGAGGGUCGGGUGGCCUCCGACGAGGACCUAAAGUUGUCUGAUUUGCUU